AUUCCCGGAGCCGCGCUGGUCCGCGGCUUGAGGAGUUCCUGACUUCCACCAUGCCGAUGAAGGGUCGCUUCCCGAUCCGCCGUACGCUGCAGUACCUGGGUCGCGGGGACGUGGUAUUCAAGGAGUCUGUGAAGAUCAUGACCGUGAACUACAACACGUAUGGGGAACUGGGCGAAGGCGCCAGGAAAUUUGUGUUUUUCAACAUCCCUCAGAUCCAGUAUAAGAAUCCUUGGGUGCAGAUCAUGAUGUUUAAGAACAUGACGCCAUCGCCCUUCCUGCGGUUCUAUCUAGAUUCUGGGGAGCAAGUCCUGGUAGACGUGGAGACGAAGAGUAAUAAGGAGAUCAUGGAGCACAUAAAGAAAAUCUUGGGCAAGAAAGAGGAGACCCUCAGGGAGGAGGAGCUGGAAAAGCAGCAGCGCUUUCAUCCAGGCAACUUUGGCCCCCGGAAGUACUGCCUGCGGGAGUGCAUGUGCGAAGUAGAAGGCCAGGUGCCCUGCCCUGGCUUGGUGCCCUUACCCAAGGAGAUGACAGGGAAGUACAAAGCUGCUCUGAAAGCCAGUACUUAGGUCUAAGCAAGGCCAUCUGGGAUGGACUGGUGGCAUUUGACUGGUGGAGAUGGAUUACAUUGGUACCAUAAAUGAUGGAACUCUGCAAUGGAAAGGCCAGCUUGCACAUCUGUUUAAAGGACAUGGGAUGAAGGCCAGGGUUGCCAGCUGCUGAACAGAUGUCAAUAAAAGAUUUAGUCUUCCUAUACAUAGUAAGUGUGGCCUUGCUGGUCUAAAGACCAUCAGCAUCAGAGAGUUUGGGAUGAGGAGGUGCAAGGCAGUCAGUGAUUGUCUCAGUCCUGGAACUGGCCCUGCUGCUUUCACUUAAUCUCCCUCCAGUUUCUACUCUGGAAGCUGUUGAGGGCUGUUGUUAUUGGUGAGCCAAAUGUAGCUGGGAGAGUCCAUGUUCUUACUUAGCAGUCCAAAGCAAACAUGUGGGCAGUGUACUAAAGCCUGCAAUUCUUGCUUCCUGAGAGAGGGGAGAUUCUCCAGCCCCAGUUAGUAACGAGACCUUGGGCAGUAGGAUCAUUUCAGGCCUGGCCUUUCAGUUCAGCAGAUGUGAGCUGAAGUCACCAAAUCUCUUGUCCACUUCCUUGCCAUCAAGUCCAUGUGGUGGAGGAGUGCCAGUGGCAUUGUGUUAACCGUAAGCAUGGAUUUUUCUGGCUUUGAGAAUGAAGAUGCCACCUGGGUGGUAAUUUGACUCUCAAUUCUUGCUUACUAGGUGAGAGACAGACAAGACACACACACUCCCGGAUGCCUUUCUAGGUAUAUUUUCCAGUUAUCAGUGCCAUUUUAGCUAUGUAGACUCCAUUCUUCAGUGGACAACAGAAUCUUCCAGGGUCACCUAAUGUUUACCACAGACUUCUUGGCAUUUGGCCAUAUAGGUAUGAGUUUAUGAGGCAAAAUAAAGCAGUGGUUGUUAAAAAUGCCCAAGACUCUUUAGAUGCAACAAAACAGGGCAACUGCCCUCCUCCCCCCCGCCCCCCCACAUACCCAGUUCACUCCCAUUCUCCUGGCCCCUGGUGCAGGGGUCUCAGGGAGGCAGUGCAACUAGAAUCCUUCUAUCUGCAAUAUAGUGCCUUUCCAUUGUCUACUCUGGUUCUGGUUUGUGAUUUUGCAGCAGACCAGGUAGGGGCUGCAAUGGAAUGCUUGUAGCUCUGAUGUGUAAGGGAUAAGAGUGCUUCAAUAGAAUUUGGUACAGCCCCCCACAGGUCAUUCUUUUGAGUUUUUGUUCCCAUGGUGUCUUAAUGGCUGGUAUCAGGGAAUAGACUGCUUCCCUCCAUGGCAGAUACGGCCAGGGCCCAAAUCCUAAGCAUGGACCUUGAAAAAAAGAAUAAAGUUCAGGUCCCAAGGGGACAAAUUCUUGAGCUUCACUUUGGUCCUGACCCUUGUUUCUGCCAAAGCUGUGGCAAGGCUACAGGGCAACAUGUGGGCAACUGAUAACUUCUGUGGCCUGGAGCAGAUGCAGGUCUGAGGAAACCAUUGAUAUUGGGAGAAGUCAUCUCUUUAAAAUCUAUCACUUUAGUAGUGACAGGUUUUACACACAUGAAACUGACCACACAGACUUGAGUUGACUUGAUGGUCCUCUGAAGUGACAGCUUUCACACUGAGGUGCCACCGGCAACUGUGAGCUCUGUAAUGACAUUAUUCAAGCCUCAAUUGUAAAAUGUAGAAGACAUUAAGAGCAGUUUCAUUCAACUACUGCAUCUGAGGACACAUUUUUUUGCCCACAACAAAUAGCUACCUAGUGUAUGGGUCUGACAUCUGACUCCACACCUGUCUCACCACCAUGCUCUGGGAAUGUCUAUGUAGAGUCCUUAUGUCCAUGCUGGAUGACAUGGAGAAUUCAGUCUGAGUUCCCACCAGAUGUCUUUCCACCUGAUGACGGUGUUGAUGGACUAUUCUCUACCCACUGCUGGCUCCCGGGAGGGGUUCAGGCCACAUGUGACUGUUUUGAGGAAAAAAAGAUGAGCAGCACACAUACUAGUCUUGAAUUUACUUUAAUAGUAUAAACCUCAUGUAGGUAGUAUUAAGCCACAACAACAAAGCCACAUUGAACAGCAUUUAGUAAAAGGCGCUCGUAACCAUGCACAGCAACUCUCUAUACAGACAACAAUGCAGAUUCUCCUUCAGGACUGAAGACAUUGAUUAGAUAGAAAAUUCAGUUUAAAAAGAACAUGCGGGUUUUAAAUGCCAUCACAUAGCUCAUUUACAUGGGGAGAAAAGCUGUACAAAAUGGCAGCUCUCUGCAGGUUUUUAACCUGGAAUCAGAAGGUAAUGGCAUCCAUGGUGUUUUCUACAGUGUGAAGGGCAGAAAUUACACAACCAGUCAUUACCCAAGAAAAUGCCACACUGGACUUUCUUUUAGUAGAUGUCCUCUAAAAAGGGAGUUGAGGGUGGGGGGUGAUAAGGUUUUAUCUUAACAGAGAAAUUCAAACUACAGGUACAAACUAGUUGGUACUAUGACAAAAAUGUGCAGCUUUUCAGUUAUAAAACUAGUUGAACACUGAUUUACAAGUUAAUUGGGAAAACAGACUAGAAAAAUAUUCCAGCACUUGAGCUGUGUGUGCAGCAGCAUUAGCGUCCAUGAAUGAGUAGGCUGUUGGGAUGACAACUGAUGGUACUUUCCUGAAGAAAGGCUAUUUUUAAUGUGCAGUCUACACCAAAUGUUACCCAAACACUAAAACUUAAGAGUGGUAAUAUUGAGCAUUUUCCUACAUUCCAUGUAUAAAUAUCAAUAUUGAAAAUUAACUAAAAGUGCAUAUUGCUGAGCAUUAGAAAUGUCUGAUGGUUUCCCCUUCCUAAGCCACUUUUAAGUUUACUGUUAGGUUGCUGCUAAGACAAUAGCCCCCAAAGAGAAAAUGGAAGGAUUCAUUUAGGGACUACCAAGCUUCCCUGUGUUUUACUUGGAAAGCCACUUUUAAUAGUGUGAUUGUCACAACAGGCAAUGACACAGGCAAGAUUGAACAACCACAAAGGGUGAGGCCAGGGACACGAGUGGGAAGCUGAAGCCAAAAGACCCACGUCUCACCAAAGGCACUGAGGACUAUAGUCUUAACAAUUAUUUCUUAAAACACUCCAGUAAUUUACUUCAAAAACACAAAGAGCAACCUGUGGGUCAGGCAAAUUUUUGCACUUGGCUUCAUCCAAGCCAGAUGCCUGCUCACUGUGGCCACGAGCAGUCUCUGCCAAGCUGGGCCCUGUCUCCCAAGUCCACAUCUCAGCCCAAAAAUCCCAAUCAUAGGGGACGAAUAUCAGCAAAGACCCGCUAGAUGAGGAAAAUGUCAGCCUUAGCUUUCGUACUAUUAAAUACAACUUCUACAGAAUGUAGCUAAGUUAGGAUAAUUUACUGAUUGCAGUUUUUAGCUAUCUGCACUGUUUUCAUAGAAUGUUUGGUAGACUGGUAUUUUGUUUUUACCACCAGAGAGCCCCCAUGUCUUGCUGACAGAGCCCAGGGUAAACAAGGGAGACUGCUGCAGCCCCUGGAUCCCAAAUGCCCAUGUCUGAGCCACACGAAGCUCCAGCUUUGGAGCCUUUGAAGAAGACCAAGGGUCUCAGUCACCAAGCUCCUUCCAGUUAUGCUAAACUGGUUUGUGAAAAGGAAGUUUAUCCUUAGUUUAGGAUAUUAGGCUAACAUCUCUUGCAGCUUCUGGGCCCUUGUAAAUUUAGAGAACUGCCCUCCUAUCUGGACUUUUCUGGCUCGAGGCUUCCUUGUGCAGGAAUUAGUGCCACCUGGCCCAGGCAGCUCCCUGUCUAAGGAAAAUGAAGUUGGUAAGAAACUCACCUGCACAACGUUCCUGUUAAGGGAACCUUGCAACCCCAAUAUCUAUUCACAUUAGCAACGCUAGCAUCAACUCUUGACAACAUAGAAGUUUGAAUAUGUGGCUACAUGUCUGUAUACAUAAUGUACACCUAUGUACACACAUUAUAUACACUGUACAAAGAAGAUAAUAUGAACACAUGUACAUUCAUUCAGUCAUCUAGGCCUGUAACUCUGGACAUGCACAGUGUGGCUGAAGGGACAGGUUGUGCACAGAAAGUACACACUGAUGGGAGGCACUCAAUGAGGAGGUCCAGAACCUUGUACAAAACACCUAGGUCAACCUCAUCUCAUUUUGGAGUUGUCUUUAGAAAUUGACAUAAGAGUUAAGACUUUUUGCAAAGAACCGUAAUCUGGAGAUUGGUUCUCCGUAAUUGGAGAUAGGCAAAGGAAAGAGGUGGGCAUCUGUCUUACCAGGACCUUCCCCCUGGGAAAAAAAAGCAGCUGUCAAGUGAUGCUUUUCAAGGCCUGGAUCUAGAAUUUCAGCAGCACCAACAGCCCCGCUGCACCCAGCCACUGGAAAGCAGCAACAGUCUUCCAGACCCCCAUGACAUCAGGUCCCAGACAAUAGGUCCAGCUCUUAGGGAUACUGACCAGAGAACUGCAUGAGCAGUACUACCCUUCAAAACAAUUUUAUAUAGUGUGGAUGCUGCUGCUCCAUUUGAAAGCCAUACUGACCACCCUGAUUGAUGCCAUGACUACCUCAGAACACCAUCCACAUCUAAUACUGACACUGACAAACUAGAAAACCAUUCCAAGGGCAUAAGUGACUCACUUGAAUUUCAUUAUAGAAACUCAAGACACCACAACCCCAACUGCAGCCUCAGAAAGAGAAGAGGCAGUGAAGAGCCUCUUCAACACACACUGCAAACUGGAAGGACAGCGACACAUUGUAACAUUUGAGGAGUAACUAGGAUGACUUGCUUAAGGAAUUUGGUCUCUGUCUACAUCUCCUGUCAUAUUUUAUCCCAAAUUUUAACAUGGAACUAUCAACAUUUAAGACCUUUCUGGAAAAGAGCCUAGUUAGCCAGGGUUGGUGUGUAUCUCUCCACCCUAGCCUAUCUGCAAAAGUAGCCAGGUCAGUGUGUCUGUCCACCUCCCUGAGAGGGGUGUCUAGACAGGUCAGCCCUGCUUCAUAAGGCUUGGAGUAUCACAGACUCAUAAAUCAAGGGUGGAAAGCCCUGAAAGCUGAAGCCCAGAAGCAACUGGGGCUGACCUUCAUAGGUCAUUCGACAAGCCAUGGAAUGGAGCAUCAUUCAAAGUUUGAAAUGAUUUCAGUUAAUGAGAACAUUGUAUGGAUACAAUUGUUAAAGGUAAGGCCACAACGAUCUGGACAACCAGUGAAGGAGUUUGGCCCAAAGUGGCCCUGUCAAUUGGCCAUUACUAAUGACGGAACUUACAAAGGACCAGAGUUAGAAUCACCAACUCUUUUCUAUAUUAAAAAAAAAAAAAUUUUUCCCCCUUCAGUGUCAUCUUAGAGGCUGGUACUUCUUAUCCAACUAUGUGGUCUAAAUACCAAAUGGGAGCCAGGCUGUCCAGGCCCUGUCUGAGUGGCUCACAUUCUAAAACCCUAAGGGAAGCAAAGCCAGCACUGUAAGGUGUACUGAUUAAUGUACUACAGGAAUCUCUACAGAGAUUAAAAUAGACUCGAACUAUACUGGUGUCCAGAGCUUUUGUCUUAAUUUUGAAUACAUACAUAAAAAAAAAAAAA